AUGGGGUUUGGAGACAAUAUGGAUCUCUGGGAAACAAUAGCGUUGAUGGUAAAUGUAUUUGAGAGAUAUCCAUCGACGGUCAUGGCAUCGAAGAUUGACCAGCCAACCCUCAUGCCACAUACAGUCAAAGUUGUCAAACAAAAAUAUGACAUCCAAGUGCACGACGAAUACGUCAUCACUGGAAACACAGCCGUCUUAAAAUGCAAAAUUCCCAACUAUGUGUCAGAGUAUGUGAUGGUAACCUCCUGGAUACAAGACGACAGCAUAAACAUUUACCCCAAUACGGACAUCGGGGGAAAGUACGUGGUGCUGGCGAACGGUGACCUCUACAUCAGCAAUGCCGGUCCUGGUGAUGGCUACAAGAAUUACGCUUGUCGAACCGUUCAUAAACUGACUGGCGAAGUACAAACGAGCACUUACCCCGGCCGUGUAAUAGUGACGGAGCCGAAGGGAAGCACGCAGCCUCGAAUCUCCGUUGACAAGUACAAUGCCCGACGCGUCGUCCUCGGAGAAGACGUCACCCUUCCGUGCGUCGCGCAAGGACAUCCCGUCCCUGGCUACUACUGGAAGAGGGAGUUGCAGGGACAGAGCGUACCUGUUGCGCUCGGCGAGAGACUCGCGAUUCUCUCGGCUGGUUUACUCAGAAUAUCGAAGGUACGUUUAGAAGACAGAGGUGUCUAUGUAUGUUUCGCUAAUAACUCUGCUGGUGAAGAAAGUGUAAGAGUCACACUGGAAAUAACAGCUCCGCUUUCUGCUCAUGUUCAGCCUCAAGUUCAAGUUGUGGAUGUUGGAAAAGAUGCCAAUUUUCAAUGUAUCGUUAAUGGGUUUCCUAUAUCCCAAGUUAACUGGCUUCAUAACGGUAAACCGAUUGCUCAAGAUAACAGAAUGGAAGUAAUGAUAGAACCUCCUCGCCUCACCAUCAAAUCGUUAACCAAAGAAGAUCGCGGAAUGUUUCAAUGCAUCAUCAGCAAUAACUGGGAUCAAGCUCAAGCCAUUGCUGAGCUAGAUAUGGGCGAUGCAGGGCCGGAACUCAUUUACUGGUUUUCUGAACAAACUCUACAGCCAGGUCCAACGGUAUCCCUGAAGUGUGUAGCCACAGGAAACCCUCCACCACAGUUUACUUGGACGCUUGAUGGAUUUCCAAUUCCUGAUCAUCCCAGGUUUCUUGUGGGUCAGUACGUUACCAUUCAAGAUGACGUUAUCAGCCACGUGAACAUAUCCAACAUAAAGGCCGAAGACGGUGGAGAAUACACGUGUACAGCGCACAACAGCGUGGGCAAAAUUUCGCAUAGCGCCAGAGUGAACGUUUACGGUCUUCCCUAUAUUCGAGAAAUGUCUAAAAUUACUGGGGUAGCUGGAUCUAGUCUUAUUAUCAAGUGCCCGGUAGCUGGAUAUCCCAUCGAAACCAUCACGUGGGAACGAGAGGGACAAAUUCUGCCGACGAUCCGACGGCAAAGAGUGUACGCUAAUGGCACCCUGGUGGUCGAACAGACGCAAAGGAAAGAAGACGCGGGCACGUACACGUGUCAAGCGCAGAACCGGCAGAGAAACACGGCCAGGAGGGACGUCGAGGUUCAAGUCAUAGUUCGUCCCAAGAUCCUGCCAAUAAACCCGAUGACGAACCUGCUGAAAGAGGGAAUGCGAGCGGCCAUCACUUGCCAGAUAAUGGAGGGCGAUCUGCCGAUAACGUUCCGCUGGGAAAGGAAUGGAAAAGUGGUCUCCAAUAACGCUGCCCUAGGAACUGUGAUAAGACGAAUCGAUGAAUUUGCCUCGUCAUUAAUAAUUGAUCGAGUGACUUCCGCUCACAGCGGAAAUUACACCUGCAUCGCGAGCAACGUAGCAGGAGCUGAAGAGUACGUCGUUCCUCUCACCGUUAAUGUACCACCUCGUUGGACAGUGGAACCAUCAGAUGCCAGUGUUGCUGCCGGACAAGAAGCAAUAAUACAUUGUCAAGCAGAGGGCUACCCAAAACCCAUUGUUACAUGGAAAAAGGCAGUUGUACGCGAGCAAAUGCUGGCGGAAGGAAUGGUGUCAGAGUUGGGAAUAGAGCGAAGCAUAAGACAGGACACCGGUAUUUUCAUAUGCUCAGCGACGAACGCAUACGGCACUGACGAUAUGAAUAUUCAGUUGAUCGUGCAAGAAAUUCCUGAACCGCCGAGAAACGUUCGAGUGAUGGAUCAGUUCUCACGCUCCCUAGGAGUUUCUUGGACUCAACCGUACGCCGGAAAUAGUCCCAUUACGAGCUAUAUCGUUCAGUAUAAGUCAGGAGCAGAAGCAUGGUUGAAUCAGCCAAUGAAGGUGACUGUACCAGGCUCACAAACUACUACUACGCUUCAGAAUUUACAUCCGGCACAAGUUUAUCAUUUGAGGAUAUUGGCCGAAAACCGAUUGGGAUUGAGUGAUCCUAGUCAAACAGUACAAGUCAGUACUCUAGAGGAAGAAGCAUGGUUGAAUCAGCCAAUGAAGGUGACUGUACCAGGCUCACAAACUACUACUACGCUUCAGAAUUUACAUCCGGCACAAGUUUAUCAUUUGAGGAUAUUGGCCGAAAACCGAUUGGGAUUGAGUGAUCCUAGUCAAACAGUACAAGUCAGUACUCUAGAGGAAGUUCCCGGUGGAGCCCCUGUGGAUAUACGUGCAGAACCGAAAAGUUCUACCGAAUUAGUGGUUACUUGGGAACCACCUGCAAGAGAAACCUGGAAUGGAAAUUUGCUCGGAUAUCAUGUAGGAUAUCAUGAAUUUUCUGGUGAUGAUACCAAUACUGUACCGUACAAUUACGUAUUCAAAAGUGUAGAAGUAAGACCACAUUAUGGGGGUGAAGCAACGCUACAGGGAUUAUCAAAAUUUACUACCUAUGCCAUAAUCGUGCAAGCAUACAACAGCAGAGGCUCUGGUCCCGCAAGUGAACCUGUGACUUCCAGAACUCUGGAGGACUCUCCAACACUGCCACCUGAGAACGUACAAUGCUCUGUUCUCAAUGCUCAAAGUUUACACAUAUCAUGGGAACCCCCACUAGUGGAGGGCCAAAAUGGAAUCAUUCAGGGUUAUAAAGUUACCUAUCAUUCAGUUGGUGAAUGGUUUGACAACGAAGACCAACAAACUAAAAUUGUUAGUCAACUACGCACAACGAUUUCGGGUUUGCGAAAGUAUACGAAUUACAGCCUGACAGUUUUAUCAUACACAUCUAGUGGUGACGGAGUGAGAUCAGCCCCAGUAUUCUGCCAAACUGAAGAAGAUGUGCCUUCGGCACCCGCUCAAAUCAAAGCAGUGUUGAGUGGUCCCAACAAAAUAUUGGUAUCAUGGCUGCCACCAAAGUACAGCAACGGUGUUCUCACUGGUUUCACAUUCUAUAUGGGAGUGGUAGAAGAUGGUCAAGAGGAAGGAACUCACAAAAGAGCUCUGAAUCCCUCGACAGAAAUGCACGAGGUUAUUAGAACUCAGGAAACCGCCACCCUCCAAUUCUGGGUUACUGCAUCGACAAGAAUUGGCGAAGGCGAGAGUACCAGGGUAAUAUCGGUAAACCCCUCCAAAAACGUACCCGCUAAAAUAGCUUCGUUUGGUCAAGAAGUAAUCAGCGCGUGGAAACGAGACAUUUAUCUUCAUUGUCGUCGGGUUGGCAUUCCCUUGCCCAACGCCGUCUGGAAACUGAACGACCUACCACUGGAAGUUGGCGGUCGGCGUUCUAUUUUAGCCAACGCCACUCUAGUUAUCAAAGACAUUCAAAGCGUAGAUCAAGCCAACUAUUCCUGCAACGUGGAGAAUCAGUACGGGCGAGACGAGAUAGUGUAUAGUUUGAAAGUGUUGGUUCCGCCAGAGGCUCCUGUGUUAACUGUUGUGGAGUCCUUUACGGACAGCUUGCAAUUAAGGUGGAGCGACCAGGGUAAUGGCGGUUCGCCCAUUUUAGGAUAUGUUAUUAAUUAUAAGAGAAAUCAUGGAGACUGGGAAGAAUUGCAGAUUUCUGCAAGGACUGAUGAACACAUGCUGAGGAAUUUAUGGUGCGGUACUAAGUACCUUUUAUACAUUACUGCCUUCAAUAGAAUUGGUACUGGAUUGCCUUGUGACAUCGUACCGGCUCACACGAAGGGUACAGUACCAGUUCAGCCAAAACAAUCUCAAAUGCUAACGAUGAAUGCCACAGUUCUAACUGUUUGGUUGGACUCCUGGGGUGACGGUGGCUGCGGUAUUCUGUAUUUCAUGGUGGAAUACAAGCCAACUCGACAUUCGUCUUGGACAACUUCUUCCAAUCACGUCAAACCUACAGAGAGGAUUUACAGCAUUCAAGAUCUGUCACCAGCAACGGAAUACCAGCUCAAAAUUACUGCCCACAACAACGCUGGUGAUACAGAAGCUAUCUACAACUUCACCACAUUGACACCUCUAGGAAUUGUUCCAGAAUUAAUUCCACCAGUAUCACAUUCGGGAGAUCAUCCUUUCUAUGCAAAUGCCAAGGUGCUCAUUCCUAUAAUGCUUGCACUAUUGGUUUUAGCAGCGAUGGUUGGUGUUUUGUUUUGGAGAAGGGUUAACAGAAACGUACCAAAUCGAUCCAUAGGCGAAUCACCAUCAAUGGCUCAAAUACAAAACAAGCAAAACCGUGAUCAGCAAUACCUCGCGGUUAGAGUUAGAGGCCAGCAACCAUUGGCAGUCGAGGAUGCAUACAAGGCAGAGUCCGCUGACUACAUUGAAGAUAUAUGCCCGUACGCCACGUUUCAGCUCUCCAAACCUGCUUACAGCGAGAGCUCUUACAGCGGAAAUGUCUACAGUGGGCCGUACCACUCGGUACGAGGCUCUUUUGUUUAUCAUGAUGUUAAACCUCCACCUAAUGAUAAGUUUAAGUUAGGACAUAGUAAAGAACCUGAAUACUCCAAAGUGAGGCGAAAAGGUGGAAGACUGAGAGAUCCCCAUUCAGAAAGUCAAGAAUCUGAUAACCUGGGCAGCACUGACUCAGAAGUAAAGAAGAUAUUAACGCUACACCUACCUAUUUCAGAAUAUGAUACACUUGGAUCAGAUUCUGAGAUAGAUGGAAGGGCAACUAGCCAGGAAAUGAUGUCAUUCAGUCAUAGAAUGAGAGGUGGAGCAGAGGGAUCAUCUUCUUCCUCUGAAACCUCCCCACAUUCGGGGAGUAUUGGCCGAAAGCCAUUCCAGUCCCGUAAAGGAAAGGUCAAAGCCGGACCACUCAACAAGCGCCACGUAAGAAGUAGUAGUGGAUAUUCAAGUCACAAUGAGGAAACCACUUUCAGCAUUUCACACGCACCAAGUUUCAACGAAAGAAUACACCCCCCGACCCGAUUUUCUGAUCUUAACGCCAGAACUCUGAGCGAAUCCGAAUAUGAAAAAGGGCACAAACCGAGAGGGAUGUCCAAACUGACCAGAGAAGCAUUUCAAAUCAAUGUGUGAAAGUGGGUCUUCAGGAAUCAGAAGAUUGAAUGUUCAGAAGUAGAUCUGACUAAAUGUAUUCACUCGAACUAUUCCAGAUCUGCCAGGUCGCUUUAGAAAUCCCCUAGUAUUAUUCGUUUUUAUACCGUGAUAUACAGGUUUUUCAAAGCGGUCAUUUUAAACAAGGUGGCAAAUAACCAUCUAUUCAUAUUUACCAUCCUGUCAAAUCAGUUCGAGGCUGAAACGCAUCGAACAAGAAAAAUUUCAGCCACCCAACUUCAACAUGACUCCAACUAUUGUGAACAACCACAAUUCAAAAAUACUUGAAUAAAGUCUCAUGGUCCUAAAUCCGCCUUGAUCUUUGCAUUUGGGAUUCGGGAUUCGGGAUAGUCGUUUUGGCUAAGGGCUGAUUUCAGUUCAUCUAGUUUCUUGGAUAUAUUGUGGCUGUCAGUGAGGCUGAGACCUGUGGAUGAUCCAUUAAACUUCAGCAAACCCGUACUCCACAUCCCAAGCAGCUCGAUGAACACACGGACCACCGAAAAGCUUUUCAUUAUAUUAAUGGAGUUACCGAUGGAGUGAGUCGAUAUAUCAACUAUAACUAACGACUUUCAAAACGAAAAUAUGUCUUGAGUAAUCUACUGAAGAAACUUUUCAGUUUUCCAUUUAGUGGAAGAUGCUUUACUUUGUACAAUUAUCUUUGAAUUGUUGUCAAUCACAAUAAUGUGCAUAACUUUCACAAUUUUGAUACCUCGUUGACUCACCCUGUAUAAUAAACAACGAUUAGACGAUUUGAA